CCGGCAUGCCACCUACUGUCCGACCUAUCUACCCCACAUUAGUUUCAUCUCUGCAAUUUUUUUCUUAUCUUUUAAGUCGGUCCUGGUGCGUGCUACUCAAGUAUACGGGAAAUUUCGUGUUUUAUGACUAAUUAAGGUAACUUAAGUCGUUGAACCCAUCCAUCCACAGAAAGCACCACCGACAUGUCCAAACCCAGUACCAAGCAGCGACCAUCGAUAGUAGCCAGAAUGAGUAAGCAAGAAGAAAUCCAAGCGGAAGCAGACAGCCACUUUCACAUGAGAAAAACCAAACUUACCAAAUGGCAGACAGUUAAACUGUUCAUUUGGAAUCCGGAAACUAAGCAGUUUAUGGGCAGAACCGGUUUAAGCUGGUCAAAAAUUGGCCUUUUCUACCUCAUAUUCUAUGGAAUGCUAGCUGCUCUAGUAGCCAUCUGCAUGUGGGCUUUCCUGCACACUUUAGACCCCAGAAUUCCAAAAUGGCAACUAGAAAAAUCCAUCAUUGGGACGAAUCCUGGAUUGGGUUUCCGACCGAUGCCUAACAGUAACCUGGAAAGCACCUUGAUCUGGUUUAAGGGAUCCAACAAGACCAACUAUCAACCAUGGGUGGACAAUCUUAAUCAAUUUUUAGAUAGAUAUUAUACACCAACAAAAAUUGCCAAGGGCAGUGGAACCGUAAAACCUUGCACUCAUUCUGAUUUCCCUCGUAAUGAUGAGGUUUGUGAAGUUGAAAUUCGUGACUGGAAAGAAUGUACUAAAGAUCAUCUUUAUGAUUAUCAUAGGAGUUCUCCUUGCAUCUUUUUAAAACUGAACAAAAUCUAUGGGUGGCAGCCACAAUACUACAUGACUGAUGAAGAGAUUCCUAAAGAGAUGCCUAAGGCUUUACAGGAACAUAUCAAAAGUUUUAAAGGGCCGACACUUAACAUGAGGAAAACUGUUUGGGUAUCAUGCGAAGGAGAGACUCCAGCGGAUAAAGAAUACAUCGGGAGUGUCACUUAUUACCCCAAGCAAGUUCAGGGAUUCCCCGGAUACUUUUUCCCAUAUUUGAAUAGGGAAGGGUAUUUAAGCCCUUUGGUGGCUGUUAGGUUCGAAAGACCUGUUGCUGGCAUAGUAAUCAACGUGGAGUGCAGAGCGUGGGCCAAAAACAUCAAAUAUAGCAGAUCGGAACGAUCGGGAUCUGUACAUUUUGAAUUGCUCAUUGACUAAACUAUAUUUUUGCAGGCAGGAGUAACUUCUUCAAUUUUCUUUUUAAAGCCACCCUGUCAUUGCUUGGUUUCACAUAUUAUAACCUAUAUAAGAUAAAACAGUCAAAUACUGCCCGAAUGUGUCUUCGUUAAAUACACUUUUAUACAAAUAUUCAUCAUGCUGUUACUAGUAUUUUAUAGGGACUAAUAAAUUUACGAAGCAACAAAACUUGUAAUCUAAGAUACAUUGUCAUUGUUUUAUGAGGUGUACAGGGUGUUCGAGUUAAGCAGUUCAAGGGGUAAUUUCAAGCAAUAUCGAUAUUUCAGGGAUUUAACUUUAUUAAAAAAAAUCCGUAAAUUGUAUCGAAUAUAACUGUACACUUUUUUUAAUUUCUGUUAAUUUUGUGACCAGCAAGCUAUUUUUUAUUUAAUUAUGUUAUUCUGUGAUUUUUGUGUAUUAUUAUUAUUUUAGUUAUAAGUAAGUUUAAACCUUUUAAAUGGCUAACUAAUAAAUUUAUUUCUAUAAUUCAAUGACAAUAUUGUAAGCACCACAAUCUUUUUAAUGCGUUGUGACAUUUAUUUAUAAAUUUACCGUAAGAAAUCAUUAUUGUAGCUCUUUGUAAUGCGUUUAGUAGCUGUAAAUCUGUAGAGUAUGUAAUUUUAAAUCUCUUAUUAUGUAAGAAUUACAAAUCUGUUGUAGUUUUUUGGCUUAGGCAUUUAGUCGUGUAUUUCCUUUAUAUAUAUCGACAAUUAAAUGAUAUUAUCAACAA